AGGGAAUCGUAAACAAAAGGACAAGACCAUCGCAUCGCAUCCAUGCCCAGGAGUAGUCAUUCCUCCCAACCCAGCCCUGCCCUGCCCUGCCCUGCUGUCCCCAUGCCCAGCCCUUCCCAGUGCUCCUGCUCCCAAUGCUCCUGCGCGAUGCUUUUAUGCUUUACUUUAACAUCUCUUUCUUGAGCUGGCUGCAGUUGGUCUUGGUUUUCCUUGGAGGUGCUCUGUUGCCUGUAUGGUGCCCCUAUCAUGCGCUCUUAGCCAAGAAAAAAAGGAAAAAAAGGUAUCAGAGAGGAAGGGCUCAGAGAUACCGAUACCACGGCGGGUGCAAAGGAUGUAUAGACUACCAAUCCAAUUCAGGAUUAAAUCAAUAGCUGGGUUGUUAUUCAAUACAGUCUGGUAGCACUCCCUCCCGAAAAAAUGAUUCUGUUCGAUCCCACACGGCUUACGACCGAUGAUGGGGUAACCAGCUCUCCGCCCUCCGUCCGGCGACCCACCACCCCUUCCCUCUUCCCCCGUCACCUUCCCUCUCUUUCUUUUCUUUAUCUUUUCCUUUUCCUUCUCUCUUCCCCCUCCUUCCCCUCUCCCCACCCUCCUCCUCCCCAUCCCCACCCCUACACCGCCUUCUUAUUCACGGACCAUCUCCCCUGUUCCCCCACUGUGCACCAUCCUCGUACCGCCAUAUACCAUACUACCAUCCACCAACUCAACGGCGACCAUCUCCACACACUCGCACUCGCACUCGCACUCUCUCCGUCCCCGCCGCACCGUACACACGCCACCAAUAUCAUACACAGGCACACAGGCACACCUCUUCAUCAGUGCACAUCCACUCAUAUACCAUCCAACAUGAAAGAAAUGCGAGAAAUGCGUGGCGAUAUGCGCGCUGAGAUGCGUGCCGAGAUUCGCGACGUUCGUGAGAUGAACAACAACACAGCACAAGAGGUCACAUCCAUCACGGAGCUACAGUCAAUGUUGGCACGGUUCUGGGAUGCACAUUCCCGCCAAUUCAGAGAAAUCGAGAGUUCAUUAACCGGCCAACUUUCCACACUCAUUCAAAAGAAUGGGUUCCUCUGCCAAAAGAUUGAAAAUCUGCAGCGCAUUAACACCGAUCUGGAAUACAAGUUUUCUAUCACUACCUCGGAGCUCGAGAGGGCACGGAGGGAGUAUUCCGAGCUACAAGCAAAGUAUGAGCUCCGGAAUGCGAAUUACAAGGACCUUAAGGAUGUCUGCUACCAGCUCGACGCUCAGCUCUGCAAGAAGAACGGCACCAAUCCAGAGGAGUCCAUCAUGUCCCGUAUGGAAUUGGCAUCCGCCGAUCGUAAGAAGCGUCGACUCUCGGUGGAUUUGACCGAAGGGGAUUCUGAUACUGGAUUCUCUCCUUAUGAGGAGAACGAACCGGCGACAGCCUCGGUAGUGCCACCUAGCAUUCGCUCUAUCGUCCCCAUGGGCGUCCCAAGGCCAGUAUCACCACCCUCAGCCGGCACUACCCAAAGUACAUGGACAUGUCUCUGGAAGAACUGCAACCAAGUGUUCACGGCGCUCGAUUGGUUGGUCAGUCAUGUUGAAGAGCAACACAUUGGUCUGGGCAAGUCACAAUACACUUGCGAAUGGGAGAACUGCGUCGUGAAGCAGAAGCCGUUCCACAAGCACCAUCAGGUGAUACGCCAUAUGCGGACCCAUACUGGCGAGAAACCCUUUAUCUGCAAUGUCGAAGGCUGCGGCAAGAAGUUUGCCCGGUCUGAUUCUCUUUUGGAGCACUCACGCAAGCACAACGGUACCCCUGUGGACUAUUACAGGAUGAUGGAGAUUAGCUCGCAGCGCGAACAGGACGCCAAGCACCUCAACGGCCUCAUGUUGCAAAUGGACACGAUCCAGGAACAUCAGUCGCAUCUCGAGAACGGCGGCGGAUCCGACCAGAUGGGUGGCGGUCCUGGUGCUGACAGUCGCUCGAGCAGCCCUUCGCGUGAUCAGCGCCCGUCUGAGCAGCAAUCGCAGCAGCAGUACGGACCGGCGGGCCAACCUGGAGCUUCUGAGCCCAUCGACCUCGACUCUACAGAGGGUCUGGAGCAUCCCAGCAGGGACAUGAACGCCUCUGUGUCCCGCGAGGGCAUGUCAUAUGGACCUGCACCCUCCGCCCAGCGUGAACAUCACCGUCCGGAUAUGCCUAGCCCCUCCCAUAACACUGGCCACCCCUCUCAGCAUGGCCCCUAUCAUCCGGGUCAGGCGCAGCAUCAGCAUCAGCAUCGGCCACAACAGCCUGCCCACCCACAAUAUUCCCAGAGCAUGCCACGCGAUCAGUCGGACAUGAGGCCGUUGCACAGGGGUCGCGGACAUGCGCAUACCUCAUCUCUCGGCAUGUCAAGGAUGGAAAUCCAGGAUUUGGCGCGUCCGAGAGCGUUUGGACACUCACACUCUCGCUCAAUGGACUAUGGAAGAAUGGACUCAAGACCUCCCUUCCAUCCCGGCGACAUUGGCCAUUCCCAGACGCCUUCUCUUGAUUACUCCCGCAUGGACAUGAGUGCAUAUCAGCGUAAGGACCGCGGACAUUCCCACACGCCCUCUUUGGAGAUGCCUCCGAUCCCAGGUCAACAAAUGCACCGCCUGGACGAGCGUCGAUCAGCUCAUCAUGGCUACGUGACGGCAGACGAACAGCAGAUGCGCCACCAACACCAUCUCC